CUAAUGGUUAGUUAAUGGUAAAUUGUACGUACGUUGCGUUGGUUAACUCGGUCCGUUCCAAGGUUUAAAAGAGAAACAGGUGUAAUAUGCUUUAUACUAUAAAGUAAUUAAAAAAAUUUUCGCAUUCAUUUAAUCAAACACGAUGUGCUCGGUUGGGAAUUUUUUUCGCGAAACAUGCUCCGGCUAAAAGAAUUUACCAAUUUUUAUCUAGACAUUACACCAACAUCGUUUUAUCGUCAUCGAGGAACCGAGUUUAUUAAGAUCUAACAUCCCAACGCAACGCAAUGGAAAAGGAAAACCCAAACCAUCGAUAUUAUUUGAAAAUCGAACGACCAGUGUAUCAAAUAUCGGAUGUGAAUACAACAGCCAAACGAAAUGGUGUUGGUGCAAACACAUUAUUUGAUGAAGUUAUGGACGAUACAACGUGUAAAUGUCGUGUCAGACGAGUAAUACUCGGAGUGCUACCUUCGAUAACGUGGCUAUCCCAUUACAACUGGAAAAGCGAUCUGAUCAAAGAUGUUAUUGCAGGCUGCACCGUAGCUAUCAUGAAUAUACCGCAAGGUAUGGCUUACGCGAUGUUGGCAAAUGUUCCUCCGGUGGUUGGAAUAUACAUGGCUUUUUUUCCAGUCCUAGUUUAUGCUUUCCUUGGUACCUCUCGUCAUGUUUCAAUGGGAUCUUUCGCCGUUGUAUGCUUGAUGACUGGAAAAAUCGUAUUAGAAUACUCGACUCCUCAAUACGAAUUAAAUAACGUACCUUCGAAUACAACCGAAAGUGUCGAAACCUAUUCUCCUAUACAAGUUGCAACUGCUGUAUCAUUUACUGUCGGAAUUUUUCAAAUAUUAAUGUACGUGUGUCGAUUAGGAGUAAUAUGUUCGCUUCUAUCCGAUACUCUUGUUAGUGGGUUUACUGCAGGAGCAGCUAUGCACGUGUUUACCUCCCAAAUCAAAGAUAUUUUUGGAUUCCAGAUUGGUAGCCAUUCUGGAAUGUUUCAAAAUGUUUUUACUUAUUUUGAAAUAUUCAAACAUUUAGAUACCAUCAAUUGGAUAGCAACUCUUGUUUCUGUGAUAACUAUAUGUAUACUAAUUUUUAAUAAUACUUUUUUAAAGCCUUGGUUGGGGAAGAGAUGUGUUUUUCCAGUUCCUAUUGAAUUAAUUGUCGUUUUAAUCGGUACAAUUAUAUCAAAAUACAGCGAUAUAAGCAGUGCUUACAAGCUAAAAGUUGUCGGUCAGAUAUCAGUUGGUAUUCCAGAACCGAAACCUCCAACGAUCUCAUUGAUGAGUAACGUAGCUCUGGAAAGUCUCGUCAUAGCCAUAAUUGCGUACAUAGUCUCGAUGUCGAUGGCUAUAAUAUUUGCUCAAAGGAAUAAAUACGAAGUUGAUGCGAACCAAGAAUUACUAGCUCAAGGAGCUGGAAACGUGGUAGGAUCAUUUUUCAGUUGUGCACCGUUUGCUGCUUCUUUAUCGAGAAGUGUGAUCCAAGAGGCUGUUGGUGGUAAAACGCAGCUUGCUAGUUUAGUUUCAUGCUCCAUUUUGCUAUUUGUUUUAUUAUGGAUAGGACCAUUUUUUGAACCACUUCCUAGGUGUGUUUUAUCAAGUCUAAUCGUAGUGGCACUAAAAAGUGUCUUGUUACAAAUUACCGAAUUACCUUCAAUAUGGAGAUUAUCGUUUCUCGAUGCGAUGGUGUGGAUUUGCACUUAUCUAUCUGUGAUUUUGAUCGAAAUCGAUAUAGGACUAUUAGUCGGUUUAUUAGUAUCUGUGUUAUCCUUAUUUAUUCAAGGAUUAAAACCUCAAACGUAUCUACUAAGUAGAGUUCCAGGAACCGAUAUUUAUGUUGAUAAAUCAAAAUAUAAUCAUACUGUAGAUCCACAAGGUGGUAAAAUAGUUCGAUAUUGCGGAGGAAUCAAUUUCGCUAACCGUGGUCAUUUCAAAAAUAGAAUUUACAAUUUACUCAACAUCGAUCCGACCAGAAUAUCUGGCAAACAAAAACACUGUACAGACUCUAAUAAAGUGUUUUCUUUAGAAUCGAUAGAAAAAAUUCGUUACAUCGUUCUAGAUUUAUCAGGUAUCCAUUAUAUUGAUCCAGCCGGUGCUUCAACAGUUAAAUCAUUAGCAGAAGAAUUACACGAUUUACACAUACAAUUUUACGCGGCGGGUACUUCUGAACCCGUGUACGAAACGUUCAAAACAAAUGGACUAAUGGAAUCAAAUCUAUUCUACUUUUUCCCUACUGUUCACGAUGCUGUUCUGUAUGCUCAAUACACUCUAUCAUUAAGUACAAUAAGUAAUACAAUCACUCAAUAACAAAUCGUUAUUAGAACUUUUUCUUUUUUAUUAUAUUUCUGGUUGCCAAAAAAAAUAAACGUUUUAUAUAUAA